AUGGCCGUCCCUGGCCCAGGCGUGUUGUUUGGUGUGACACUUCUGGUGGCGCAAGCGCAGCAAGCUUAUGCGGAGGAGAAGUCGCUCGUCGUGAACCUCACGGACAGCAACUUCCAGGAACUUGUGGCCCGUGGCGAAAAUAGGCCGUGGGUGGUGAAGUUCUACGCGCCAUGGUGUGGCCAUUGCAAGAUGCUGGCCCCCACCUGGGAGCAGCUCGCAAACAAGUUGGAUGGUCAAGUCAACGUGGCGAAGGUGGAUUGCACAGAGUCGCAAUUCGUGGCGAACAUGUUCGACGUGCAUGGCUACCCGACCCUGAAGCUGAUUUCGCAGGGCAGGGUGUGCCCUGUUUGCAUCAGCAUGUCAUUGCGUGCCGCCAGCAUUCGGCGCUGUCACAUUGUGACCGGCCGAAGUUAG